AUGCUUGAGCUGAUCCCUGGUACAGCCUUGACGCCUAUUCAAGUCCGCCUCGUUCACAAAAGCUUAUCGCAAAUGCCUCAAGUUUUGAAAAGACUUCGCAAAUUUCAAGGAUUCGCUCCAGAUCACAAUCCGGACUCAAACCGAUUGAAAAUCACAGAAAGGACUCUAUUCUGGAUUGAUGCGAUUUGUAUCAAUCAAGAUGACUUGGAUGAGCGAUCUCAACAAGUACUUCUCAUGGGAAGCAUUUACAAGAACGCAUCUAGGGUUACUGUCUGGCUGGGGGAAGAAGUUGCUCGUUCACAGGAAGUGUGGGAUCUCAUGGCACCACUAGGCGACCAGGUUGAUAAGUUCAAAAUCAAUGUGAAUGAGAAAAACAAAGAAGAAUAUGGAUCUACGAUGGUCGUUUGCCCUGGAUUAUGCUCAAGGACCUUUCCAAGCACCCUGCUUUUGUUGACAUCAUGGACACCUUUUCCGCUCGAACAUUAUUCAUGCGUCUUUGGACAAUCCAAGAGACAUGCCUCGCGCACGGUUCUCAGGAGACAAAUACAGGAAAACGCACCGUUGUCACAAGAAGACUUUUUCGACAUGCUCUUAGCUUCUACGUUUGUCCAUGCUUCAGAUGAAAGAGAUCGUGUGUUUGGAGUUCUUGGUUUGUUUGGCGAGGAUACACGCGCGCCAUUUUCGAAUUUAGGAUACCCGAAUGAAUCAGAGGAAAUUUUCCGCGCAGCAACAGAAGCUAUAGUGAAUACAGGCGACAAAGGCCUAGAUUUUCUUAUCUACAACCAUGCCGCAGUCAUUAGUGGCGAUACUCUUUCAGCCCGGGGUCUUGUUUUUGACACUGUCACAAUUGCAUACCCCAAUUUCUCACUUAAGAAAGUACUUUUUCGAUUAGUUUUCGGGACGCCAACAAGUGCAUUUGAUCCUGUGGAGCAAUAUGAGGGUUGGAUGUGCCGCAUCUUACUACGGGAAUGGGAGAGAAGCACUAGCAAGGAUGAAAGCUCCGAUACUUGGAGAGGGAUCUUACUUUCUACGUUGAGAGCAAGAGCUGCCUUGCGCUUUGAGCAUCUUGAUAGACGUGUCCAGGAUGAUACAAUCCGAAGAGAUCACAACGAUCAACUUACAGGCGAAGGACACAACAUCUUUGCAACUUCAAAGGGGUAUUUUGGAAUCGGCGCAUACGGAAAGAAUAACCCCGGGUCGCCGUCUGCUGUGCAAGUCAAUGAUAAGAUAGCUAUUAUACCUGGUGUUAAGCAACCUCUGGUACUUCGUCCAUGUGAAAAUGCCGAGUACAAGUUUGUUGGGCCUUCUCUCAUUCCUGAGGUUGAGAUGGAUGAGUCGGUGCAGGUGGAGAAUAGGAAACCGAUAGAACUUAUACGUAUUGUGUAG